CUGCACUUGGCUGCAAGCAAAGGGCACAGUAGCGCUGCUUGCGCUCUUGUCGAUCUUGGAGGAGACGUCAACUCUGUCACGGCCGAUCUCACUACGCCGCUGCAUCUCGCCGUUGCGGGAGGGCACACCGAUACUGUGCAGGUUCUGGUCACCCUAGGAGCAGACUUGAAGGCGAAGAAUGCUAAUGGUGAGACUCCUCUGAAGCUGGGGAAGAACGCUGGGACCAACGUGGAGGUUCUCAGCCUCCUCAAGGCAUUCAUGGAUGCCUUGGAGUCGGACGAAGAUGAGAGUCCUCCCGAGCCCAGCAAGUGA